AUGAGAGUAUUCUCGAAUAUCAAGGGAAAGCAUCGGGUUUCUGAUUGGAUAAAUAGAUGCUCAUGGAAAUCGCUCUUCCGUGGGAAGGGAUAUGAACGCCUUCGGUCCCCUGAACCAGAAUAUUACAAGUCAGCUUACUCGUCCGAUGUCUACAUUAAAUCAGCUGAGUUUUCUACUGUCUCCACUACAUCGCUCGUACUCCCACAGAGAGAGAGCAUAUCUUCCAAACUAAAGCGCUUCUGUCGGGCUUUGGUCCGUUUGGACCGUUCAAAGGGCCAUAAAGUCUAUACCUUGUGUAAACCACAGAAUCGACAGAUCUCACGGCGCGUUUCGCGGCCUCGCCGUCGUGCAUUUCGCUUCCCUUCCCUUCACAUCGCUCGCAAGCUCCGAGGACGGAUCUCCAUCAAUCAACCAUCAGGUGCCAUUUUUCCUCCUCCCGCAUUUCCUAAAUCUACCGCUAAAGGAAUGAACUCAGCCAAACCGUCCUCACUCCACCCUGCUAGGCUUUUAGGAAACGGUUGCAGAGCUACCACAGCGUCACCCAAGCAUUCCAUUCCCACCACUCACGCCGGCUGCUCAGCAGUUUCCACAGUCAACGCUGGACCGACCGACUUGCACCAGCUGACGCGUUCCUCCAAACGCUCCACGCAACCGCAGAGCUCACCACCAUAUGGCCAGCGCAUCGGCUGUGUGUGUCACAUCAAAUUUGAUACUAUGGGAGCUACAUCUUCGUCGUCCAAGUGGCAGUCGGAUAAACAAUGCCGUACAGCCGCCUGGAUUGAUGGGUUGAGUGAAGAACUACCCCCGCUUCGCCGGGUUGGGGGGUCGGAGAAUUUACAUGCCUUGUGCAAUCAACAUCAUACCAAUAAUGUAUGA